AUUACAAUUAGGCGACUCGGGCUGAAUGUUAUGACUCACUUCGUACCUUUAGUUUAUUGAUGUCUAUACGUCUAUAGUCUAGACUUCUAGACCUAUCCAGAUCAUAGAUCUAGGCAUUCUAUGUCUAUAGAAUUGUAAAUCUGGAUAGAUCUAGGUCCUAAAACUAUAUUAAUGACACAUUAACUGGUUCUUUUAUGUUGUAGUUGUAGAAAAACAUGGCAGAUAGAAGAGCAGAGAUUGCCAGGAAGAAAGCUCAAAUCGAGCAACUUCGUAAAGAACGGAAAGAAAAAGAGAUAGCAAAAAAAGAGGGACCAGUCAGACCUCAAGCGGCAACAGGUAGUCCUUCAGAUCCUGAUGCUCUCUUUCGAGAUUUAGGAAUACCUAUCACAGAAACUCCAGCUCAACCAACAAUUACUUCAAGUCUUUCUGCCCCAAUUUCUGGACCAGAUGACAGUUCUUCCUCGCCAGUUACAAUAUCCAGUCCACGCAGAAGAAAUGUGCAGCUUUCCAUCGUCAAAGUAAAUGAAACAAACAUUCCCCCAAAAGAAAAUGUAGCCUACAGCAAAGAGACACAGACCAUCAACCCUGAACCAAUAGAGAAGGAUGGACGGAGAAAACGAUCUCAUUCUCACGGAAGCCGAGGACCAUGGGACUACUACGGCUUUGGGUCCCCUAAAUUUGUUCAUCCUCAUAUGGAAUGGGACGAUGAGUUUUUUGAUGAUUUGGAAGAAGUUUUGGUUUAUGACAAUGCUGACCACACAGAUGAUGACACAGAUUCCUUGGAUGUUAGUGCUGAUGCCCCUCAUGGCCAUCAAAUGGCCCAUCGCAUGCCUCGAGUUGAGAUGGUGGCACCACCAAGUUCAGAAGAAGAAAAGAAAGAGGAAAAACCCCCAGCAAUUCUUGAGCUGAGUGAAGAGGAGAAGAAACAGAUCAUCAUGUCUGAGGAGUAUCAGCUGAGUGUUUCCAGGGCUGCCAGGGUCAUGCAGCGCAUGCUGGCACUGAAUGACACUGGUCUCACCAUCGACUACAGCGGGGCUGACAUGGAUGGCAAAGAUGAUGACAGUCUAGCUGGGGAGAGAUUAAAAUUACAGUUGGAGUUUUUUGAUGAGAAGUGGUCUAAGCGCAGAACUAUCACAGGAAUGGAUUGGUCACCUCAGUAUCCUGAGCUCUUGUUGGCUUCCUACAAUGCCAAUGAAGAUGCACCUAAUGACCCUGAUGGAGUUGCUCUCAUCUGGAAUCUGAAGUUCAAAAACAUGGAUCCUGAAUAUAUAUUUCACUGUCAGUCUUCCGUCAUGUCAACAUGCUUUGCACAGUUUCACCCCAACUUAGUUAUCGGGGGAACAUAUUCUGGUCGCAUUGUCCUCUGGGACAACAGAGUCAACAAAAGGACACCUGUGCAGCGUACACCUUUAUCUGCCACAUCACAUACGCAUCCAGUCUACUGUGUGAAUGUGGUCGGUACCCAAAAUGCCCACAACUUGAUCAGCGUGUCAACUGAUGGUAAACUCUGCUCCUGGAGUUUGGAUAUGUUAUCACAGCCCCAAGACAGUAUGGAGCUCCAGAGCAAGCAGAACAAAUCUGUGGCUGCCACCUGCUUCAGUUUCCUGUCUGGAGAUGCCAACAAUUUCAUUGUGGGUUCAGAAGAAUGCAUAACAUACUCUGCUUGCAGGCAUGGAAGUAAAGCCGGUAUAAAUGAUGCCUUUGAAGGUCACCAAGGUCCCAUCACCAGCAUAGAUACACAUAAAGUUCCAGGACAGAUUGAUUUCUCACCAUAUUUCCUAACAUCAUCUUUUGAUUGGACUAUCAAACUGUGGAGCAUUAAGCAACCUUAUUACAUCCACUCCUUUGAAGACAACAAUGACUAUGUGUAUGAUGUCAGGUGGUCUCCCAUUCACCCAGCGCUGUUUGCCAGUGUGGAUGGAGAGGGACGUUUGGAUUUAUGGAAUCUUAACAGUGAAACUGAGGUCCCCACUGCCAGCAUAACAGUUGAUGGCCGUCCAGCCCUGAACCAGCUGAGAUGGCACCAGACUGGACACCAUAUUGGUGUUGGAGAUAAUAAUGGACGUAUUCAUGUGUAUGAUGUCGGAGAGCACAUUGCUAACCCAAGGUCAGAUGAAUGGUCCAACUUUGUACACACCCAACAAGAGUUAAAACAGCAUGCUGCAGAAAGAGAAGAGGAUUCAUCACUGGCUGGUUCUGGAGCGCCUCUAAGAUAGAUCUUUAUUUUUAAAAAUGUAGCUUUAUUUAUCCAAUUCGAAUGUUCCUGGACAUGGGCUGUGUAGAGAUUUUCACCCUUUAAGUAGACUUUUCCCCCCUUUUUUUUAAAUUAAGAAAACAUUUUCUUGUCAUGUUGCGUGAUUAAAGCUGCUAUGUUUGGUGGUUUUCUUGUUAAGUUAAGCUUUUAUUGACCUUGGAUAGUUGUAAGUGCAAUAUCGUAUAUUGAUAGAUGAAGUAUGAAAUCUGUUAACAUAUAUGUCUGUUUGUAUUGUGCUAUUGUGAACAAAGUAUAGUGAUAAGUCACACACUAUGUAAUCGCUUGACCUAUUGUUUCAGGUAUUUUCAUAACACACAAAGAAAACUUGUACAAAUAUUUUAGUUACCUCUACUUUGUUGCAAAAUAUAUAAAUGCUGCAUAAAAAUUUCAUUGGCUAUGAAUAGUCCUUUGACUCCAAUAUUUUCGGACUUGUAAAUUUUUUGUUUUACUAAUUUAGUUUCCCUAAGACAAAAUUGUAAACAUAAAAAUUAAAAAUACAUUACGUUGCUUAUUUAUCAA